AUGCCGGUCCCAAUCAACGCAGUUCCCCAAGGCCACGGCGGCCGCGGGCCGUCAACCUUCGAUAAAAUGAAGAUGGGAGCUAUGAUGGGCACCAGCGUCGGCCUCUGUAUCGGUUUCCUCUUCGGUGGCUAUGCACUCAUCAAGAACGGCGCCGGACCAAACGGGUUCAUUCGUAGUCUGGGGCAGUACAUGCUUGGGUCUGCUGCUACUUUCGGGUUCUUCAUGUCGAUCGGAACCGCAAUCCGCACAGAGACCACCUCGGAGAUUGCGAUGGAGGCAUUCAUGAAGGCGCGCGCGGCGCCGAUAGUGUUGAUGGCGAGGAGGAGGGAGGCGGAGAGGAGGGAGUAG